UUACAGAACGAGCCGAUAGUGACAGUGAAGCAAGGGAAGCUACAGGGUGCUACAGACACGCUGUAUGAUGGAACAACUUACUACAGUUUCAAGGGCAUCCCGUAUGCCCAGCCACCAGUGGGGCAGCUGAGGUUCAGGGCUCCACUGCCGCCUCAAUCCUGGAAAGAUAUGUUACGCAAAGCGACCGAAUAUGGUUCCAUCUGCAUGCAAACAGGCUCCGUCUUCCAAGGCAGCGAAAACUGCUUGUUCCUCAACGUCUUCACGAAAUCCCUCCAUUGUCGCACUCCUGUCAUGGUCUACAUCCACGGAGGAUCCUACAUAUCUGGAUCUGGAAACGAGUUCGGACCAAAGUUUCUCGUUAAACAGGAUGUUGUCCUGGUCACUUUGAACUACAGACUUGAAGUGCUUGGAUUCUUAAGUGUGGGAACUCCUAAGGUUCCUGGCAAUGCGGGUAUGAAGGACCAAGUCGCUGCGUUGAAGUGGAUAAAGGAGAAUAUUGCAAAAUUUGGAGGAGAUCCCGAUAAUGUUACAAUUUUUGGGGAGAGUGCCGGGGCUUGCUCAGUGACGCAUCAUAUCUUGUCGCCGAUGACUAGAGGACUAUUUCAUAAAGUUAUCGCUCAAAGUGGUACUAGUGUCCAUGAUUGGGCGAUAGGUGAAGGCAGCAAGAGCAGGGCAUUCAGAGUUGGGAAAUAUUUAGGAAGAGACACGAAUAAUACCACUGAGCUGCUUGAGUUUUUAAGAUCUCUACCAGCAGCGAACCUAACUAACUUGACAAUUGCUACGAGUACGGACGAUGAGAUGUAUAGAGGAAUCUCUGCGCGAUUUUUGCCAGUUGUCGAAAAGAAAUUUUAUAAUGUCGAAGCGUUUCUAAAUGAAUAUCCUUUGGAUACACUUCAGUCGAAAAUAAUUCGUAAAGUUCCAUUGAUAUUAGGAUAUAACUCCGCUGAAGCCAUUUUGGCUAUUCAAGGUAGAUUAGGAAACUUAGACAUUUACAAUAACAAUCCCUCCUACGACGUGCCUAGAGAAAUCGCUGAGAAACUAACUCAAGAGAAAAUGAAUGAUAUGGGUAAAAGGAUUAGAAAAUUCUAUAUUGGUGACAGAGAGUACACAAAAGAUGAUUAUAAGGUGAUUGUCACGAUGUUAUCUGACUUGUAUGUAGUGUAUAACACGCACAGAUUUGCCUACUUGUAUUCUAAAUACAACAGUCCCAUCUAUAUGUACAGGUUCAGUUUCGACACUGACCUG